CAGUCGAAGCAGUCGGAGCGGACAGGAGCGGAGAAGAGAUCGUCGAGUCGUUAGCGAGCGGAUCGCGGAUCACAUAACGCAUAUCAUAUCCGCACUAUCCGCAGUGCACUGUGCAUCGGUGAAGCUGGAGCGAGUGGCGAUAUUACGUACAUAAUACGCGAACGCUGGCGGUGAACGAUAUCGCGACUAUCGUCAGUAUCGUCGUCGUCGUCGUCAAGAGUGCGUUUAGCAGCUGGCCUAGCCCGGUUUCGCGACGGAGAUGAUCGUCGCUCGCGAUAAUCGUGACGGAGCGAACGUGACGACGUGCCGGAAACCCACCGUCUCGGCGGGGAUGUGAGCGAGAGGAACGCGCUCGCGAGAGCGCCGCGCGGCGUCGUCGUCGUCGUCGUUGACGAUCAGCAACCACGACGACCUGGCCGGCUAAUCGAGGGGAUAAGAGACGCGCGCGUGGCAGUGUUGUUAUCGUCGUCCCUAAACGCGGUAUAUACGAGUGACUCACGUCCGCGGGAGCCCGCGAGUCCGAGGGGGAGCACGAUGGCGGAUUUCGAUGCGAUCUACGAGGAGGAGGAGGAACACGAACAGCAUCUAGAGGAGCACUACGUCGCGAUGGUGCCGGACCCGAUCGUGAUCCGCGGGGCUGGCAACAUGACAGUAUUCGGUCUCAGUAAUCGUUUUGAAUCGGAGUUUCCCAACGGCCUCAUGUCCCGCGUAGCUCCAGAAGAGUUCAAGGCGACUGUUAUGAGAGUGAACAGUGUAUUGAAAAAGACUUUACCUGUUAACGUUAAGUGGUUAUUCUGCGGUUGUGUAUGCUGUUGCUGUACUCUAGGAUGUUCUCUGUGGCCUGUCAUUUGCUUGAGCAAGAGGACUCAGCAUUCGUUAAACAAAUUAUUAGAAUGGGAGAAUAGUAGGCUCUACCACAAACUCGGUUUACAUUGGAGACUGGCAAAACAAAGAUGCGACAGCUCCUCCAUGAUGGAAUAUGUUCUUUUGAUUGAAUUUAUUCCAAAGAUUCCAAUCUAUAGGCCCGACUAAGCAAUGGGCAAUCGUGCAAUUAAUAAUACGUACAAUGCAAAUAAUCAGCAAUGUGCAACUGACAUGCAGAGAAAUACAGAGAAGAUAAAGUGCCGCUACGAUGAUAUAGGUACUUUUCUGGUACUUAUAUAAUGCAUAUUUUUGUAAAUAUUCUGGGUAGGAAUGCACAGUACAAUAAUUCGACGUAACAGAGAAUAGAUCACGUUUUGAUGGCAGAAAGAAAAAAGCAACUGUUAAUUCUUUACAAUUAAUUUAAACUAAAAUAAUAUUGCAAACAAAUCGAAUGAUUAUUUUCUCAGAGAUAUUCAUUAUAUAUGUUUGGAAUAGAUACGAUCAUAGAUCAUUUUCUAUUUUAAAUAUUUUUGCGCUGAAAAAACUACUCGACAGCUUUAUUUGUUAGUUUAUUCAGUAAUUGCAAGAAUAAUCCCAUCGUUUUUUUAUCCGAGUUCCUUGUAACAUUUGGUAAUCUGUACUCGUCAACUAGAAUUUAAGCCUUCAGGUAAGAAAUUAAUCUGAUUCAGUACAACGAAUUUAUUAAAGUACGGAUAAUAACGUCAAAAUGAGUCACGCUAAUCAGUCUGUCUAAUCGUGCAUAAUGCUACAUGCACACGCACUCAUGUUGUACAUACAUAUAUGUACAUACAUAAAAACUUAUUUUAACUAUAGGUUAAUUUCUUACCACCGUGAUAUUAGAAAGUAUGAAAUGUAAAGCGCAACUUUACUUUCUGAUACAAAUUUCACAAAAUAUUUUAACACGAAUAAAUUAUUCGAAAUGAAGAAGCAUACGUUGUCAGGCGCGAUUAAGAGAUAUCGAUAUAGAUUUUAGAAGAAAUAUAGAUAGCAAUCGCUGAUAAAUGUAAAAUAUAUACCGAUGAGAUGAAAUUUUAAUUGCAAAACGCAUCAGUCUAUAAUAGGGCAAACAGUACGGAACUAUAGAAUAGCGCAAUUAUUGGGCACAGAAGAACAUAAGGAAAUAUUGUUGAAAACUGCCAUGAACGAGCUCAUUAAUUCUUGCUUUUUAAUGAAAAAAUCAACGUUAUCACUUUUUAUGCAUAUGCUGUCGCAUAAUUUUAUGUGUCCAAUCGCAUGACCUUUAGAAGGAAUGAUUAACACUUAGCGCAUGGACAUUUCUGUCACAUAUCCGUUUUAAGCUAAUGUUAAACUAAUCUUAAGAAGAUUGAUGAAAUUGUUUAUUAAUAAAUUUUAAUUUUAUGGAUAAUAAUACAUUUUAAUUUACUUAAGUGUGGCACACUGCUAUCACAGUACUGUUUACUCUAUUCUUGUUAAUAUAUAUACAUAUAUAAUAUACUGUUUCUCAAAUAAAACAGGGAUAGGAUUACCAAAAUAUCAGAACAACGUCUCCCAUGUAAAGGAACUUUGUUGUGUAGGCACUAUUUUACAUUGCAGUUUAAUAUGGUUCCGCACAGAUAUUUCUCUACUAACAACUUGUCUAAUAUGUGAUAAUGCGGUUGCUACCAGCUCCGCAUUGCUUUCGCACUAAAGAAAAAAAAAUCAAGCAAAUUUACUCAUCACCAGGCGCCCACAAAACAUAAAAUGGUUGUAGAAAAAUAUGCAAAAAUAUGUGAAAAUACUGCAAGUGUUUCUGUUGCUGUUCAGUGGCUGUGAUUGAGAACAAAAGACUAGUUUUGAAUUUGAAUGUGUAUCGCAAACAGCUACACAUAACGCCCGUGCUUUAUCUUAUGCGGUUCUACACGUUAAAGCCUUUUAUAGAAUAUCAGAUUUACUCUGUUUCUCUAAUAUUUGUACUUAUUCUGUAGAAUAAUUAAGUCGAAGUAACAAGCGUUUUGCAUUAAAAGUGUCUGUGUCAUAUAGAUUAAUAAGAAUGCUCUAUUGCCAUAUCUGAUUUCAAUCAUACAUACCGUAGGUAUAAUCCAUCUAUCAUUAAUAUUUUUUAAAAAUAAAGCAAUCAGAGCUAUUUAUAUAGAUUCUCAUUUCACUUGAGGAAAAUAUUACGGAACGAUUAUACUCUUAAUGAUCUGUUGAAUAGUUGAUAAUAUGUCAAAUAAUAAGCGAUCAUAAAAAUCAUAUUAUCAUAUUUUCAGACACGUGUGUACGAAUGAAUUGUUAUACGAUUAUUAUUUUUCCGAUAACUCUACAGCGGGCAGAAGUGUCGAUAUUUCUGUACUGAAUGUCCUUCUAAUCGAUCCAUUGAACAAAUAUUAAAUUAUAUAUAGAAAUCGAUAUACUGUGUAAUGGAACCAUUGCAUAUGUGCUUUCUAAACUGAAUAUCGCAAUCCUCUUGGUAGCGUAUAAUAAAAUAAGGGCUGUGUUAAAUUGGUCAAAGUGAGAGACGCAUAAUAUGGUUCUAAACUAUGCUUAAAAACAAUUCUCGUAUAUUUCUAAAAAUGAAGAUUACUUAACGUAUCGACGAAUAGAGGCAAUUUUAUUCCGUUUGCUCGCAUUUUCUUAAAUACUAAAUACGGUCUAAUUAUACUUUCUUGAAAUUACACCAAAUAUCAGAAAAAUGCAUGUAACGUUAACGCUCAGUUUGAAAGUAAUAUAAUUACGUAUACACACUUAGUUCAUUACUUUAUUAAUACUUUAGUGUACAAUUAUUAAGGCCACGCGCGUAUACUAAAAAAUUAAUUAAAUCUCUAUAUGGCUUAUAUAUGUAUACAUAUAUUAUCUACGCAAAUAUUUACAUGAUCUUUCCUUCGCAUGGACUAUGAACUAUGUGCACUCGGUAAAAGAAAAACUAAGGAAUUGUUUUCCAUCGGUGUUUUAUUACUCUGCACAUGUGAAUAUUUUUAGAUAUAUCACAAUACAAAAAAAUAAUAACAUAAAUCAUGGUAAUUACAAUGUACAAGGAAAUAAUUAUAAAAACUAAAUGCUUAUUUCAGAUACAAAUAAAUUUUCUGUAUAGAUAAUAAGCUAUCUAGAUUACAACACAUAACGACACAUAAUUUAUAUAUAGUUUGCAUAGUACAUGUAGAUAUAUAUAAAUGAAUAAUGUUUUUAUGCGCAGCUUUCCUUGGAUAUUUGGUUUAAUGAUAAAACUCACCUCGGAAAUCAUGCAUUUUAAACAAGUACACUUCUAUAGUCUAAGAUUAUUUUUCAGUUCACGUGUUGUUUUGCAGAGAAGCUCAACUAAUAUCAUGCAUGUUGAAUGUAUGAAUGAAAAUAUCAAGCAUUACUCGAUAAAAAACUCUUCGAGUUGCUCAUAUCAUUCAAUGUAUCGCAUACUUUCAUGGAAUGUCCUUCUAUAAAUAUAUAAACAUAUAUUUAUACUUUUGAGUUAUAAAAACAAACAUACAUAUAUCGCAAGGAGGCCAAUUAUCCGAAAUUGAUUUACUUUUUAAAUCUUUCAUUUAUUAUUACUUGAAGGAUCGAAUAUAUCACUUUAAGGAGCGAAAAUAUUUUUUCGGUAACACGGUUUUGUGUGUGAAUUUAGAUAUUGACAUUAAAGCGUAAGGGUAUAAUAGUAAUGUAAAUAGGAUGAUGAAUUUGCAAGGAAAUGUAUAGUGAAUCGAGGUUUAUAAUAUCGAUGAUUAUAUUGCGAAAGAUCAGGGGAAAGGAAUAUAUUUUUGAUAGAAAAGAAAUGUAA